GAGGCUCAGUUCUAGAGUUGUCUGGGUGAUAGUGAGUAGGAAUAGUGAAGAUGGCCUCCCAAGUGUGUCAGAACUACCACAAGGACUGUGAGGAUGCUGUUAACAAGCAGAUCAACCUGGAGCUCUAUUCCUCCUAUGUUUACCUCUCCGUGUCCUCUUACUUUGACCGGGAUGAUGUUGCCCUGCGUCACUUUGCUGAGUUCUUCAAGGAGCAGUCCCAUGAGGAACGGGAACACGCUGAGAAACUGAUGGCAUUCCAGAAUCAACGUGGAGGCCGAGUCCUCCUGCAGGAUGUCAAGAAGCCAGAGCAGGAUGAGUGGGGCAAUGGUCUGGAGGCAAUGCAGAGAGCUCUGCAGAUGGAGAAGGAUGUGAACCAGAGUCUGCUGGAUCUGCACAAACUCUCCUCUGGCCACACGGACCCUCAUCUGUGUGACUUCCUGGAGAGGCACUACUUGGAUGAGCAAGUGAAGAUGAUCAAGAAGCUGGGAGAUCACAUCACCAACCUGAAGAGACUGGGAGCCCCUGAGAAUGGCCUGGGAGAGUACCUGUUUGACAGGCUCACCCUGGGGGAGAGCGACUGAAUGGACUGCAGGGAGCAAGUUUAGUUUGGUACUAUACUAAAAUAGUAUGUUGUCUAUCAUUUGUGGAGGAAGAAAGAAAUGUGGUUUGCUUAAAUUGUACCAGGGCUGAAGUCUGGGCUCUUUAUUGUGAAAUGUAUUAGACUCUGGCAAAAUAAACUGUUCAAUAUUGGACUUUGGCUUACUAACUUUCCAAAGUUUGGUUUUACAGCUGCCUUGUCUAACAUUGGGUAGAGGCCCAAUUUUGCAACACUCCAUUCAAAUGCUCAACAGCAGAGAUUGUAGUACAAAAAACUGCCAGAUGCUCUAUGUAUAGUUUGACACUAACAGGGAAUAACUAAAACCAUAUUUGUUUUAACUUGAAUUGAAAAGUCUGAGCACCAGGGUCCCACUAGCAAUAACUAUGCCUUUGCAUCCCAGGCAAAUCACCCAAGAAUAAUGUUCCAAAUUUUAGUUCAACAUAAUUACAUGGUCAACAUCAUUCAUUAGUGAUUUAAAUCCCUCCAGCU